AUGAAAAAAGAACUUUCGCCUCUUGGGGAAAUGUAUGAAGGCAUAGCCCAGGAAAUAGCUGUGUACUGCCAGGCUGCUAGGCAGCAGCAGUCGGUGCGCCCGCUGCCAGAGCAAGAAUAUCUGGAGAAAGUAAAACAGAUGGCUGUACACCACAUAAAACACAUGCUCUUUAAAAUAAAAACAGGAUGCACACAGGAGAAGAAAAAGAGGCAGAGCGAACAUUUGAUGCUGUAUAGCACAGGAUGCAAGAUGUACGAUAUAUUUAAGUGGCUCAGGCCAAGACACACCUACCUUCAGUUUCUGCGCGGGCUAAAAAAGAACAAAAGAGAGAUAUUCACAGCAGACUAUGAAGAGAUAGAGGUGAAGAGAAAAGUCUCAAAAUAUUUCAGAGAAUUUACGCCCUAUGUACCACCACAUAAAAUAGUAAAUAAACAUAGGUACACAGAGCUGGAGAGUAGGUCAUACUGCAUACCGUGCAGAAGAGUGAUAGCUAACAAGAUGGCAGCACGGCACAACAGCUCAAAGGCGCACGAGAAAGAUAAGCCAGUGUAUCUGCGAAUAACAGAGGCACAGGCGCAUCAAAUAGACCAGGAGUUCAUAAGCCACAUAAAAAGAAAUAAACUGCAUCUGAAUAACCUGAUACAGAGACAGCUGAAAGUCAAGCCAAAGAACAUCACACUGAGCGUAUACCCGCACCAGAAGAUCACAUGGAAAGAGAAGACAGGCAGAGUAGAUAUAAAGUACGAGUGCAGAGUCUGCGACAGAACAUAUACGAAUGAAACACUGUUCAUGAGCCACUUCGCACAGCGAGAGCACAAGGGAAAGCUUAGAUCGCUAGGAAUAAAAAACAGCAGUGAUUACAUUGGCCUCACAACAAAAGAAGACGUACAGAAAAGAAAGAACCUGUACUUCGAUAGAGCCGAGUAG